AUGGAAAUACAAAAUCGGAUUAAAGCCUAUAAAUUUGUCGCUUAUUCUGCGGUGACAUUUAGCAUUAUUGCUGUUCUCUCAGUAUGUAUCACACUUCCAAUGAUUUAUAAUUACAUACAUCAUGUGAGGCGACAAAUGCAUGCCGAAAUUGCAUUCUGCAAGCAAUCUGCAAAAGAAACUUGGACAGAUGUGGAGCGACUCGGACAGUCUCCAAUUGUUGCACACAACCGAACAGCCCGUCAGUUAACGUCACCUCAAUGCGAAGGUUGCUGUAUUACUGGACCAGCCGGUCCUAAGGGACCACCAGGUAGACCCGGUAAACCAGGUAAACCAGGUGCUGCAGGUCUUCCAGGUAAUCCUGGCAGACCACCACCACAACCCUGUGAGCCUGUUACUGCACCACCAUGCAAACCAUGCCCGCCUGGACCACCAGGACCUCAAGGAUUACCAGGACCACGGGGAGAGCCAGGACCAGACGGUCAACCAGGUGCGCCAGGACAAGAUGGACAACCAGGUGAAAUGGGACCACAAGGGCCACAAGGACAACCAGGCACACCAGGACCAGCUGGACCAAAUGGUCCACCAGGAGAAAAUGCGCCGGAUGAGCCACUCCAACGCGGUGCUCCAGGAGAGCCAGGAGAUCAAGGACCACAGGGACCAACCGGACGAGCUGGAAACCCUGGACAUGACGGAGCAGCCGGACCACCAGGACCACCAGGUGCGCCUGGCACUGAUGGACAACCUGGAAUGGAUGGUCAACCUGGUGCACCUGGCCCACAAGGACCACCUGGUAAAGCUGGCGAACGGGGUGUAUGUCCGAAGUACUGUGCUAUCGAUGGCGGUGUAUUCUUCGAAGAUGGUACAAGACGUUAA